GCAACACACGGAUCUGUUGCGUAGCAGCCGGUGGUCCUUCAUGUUGCGAGAAGCAGCUGAAAGUUAACAGUUAAAGCUAAAUCACGGAAGAUGAGGAUGAUCCUCCGAGCGCUGGCUUUACUCCUCCUGUCUUAUUUACUGGAGGCGAAGCAGAAAGACUUUUACACGUUUAAAGUGGUGAACAGCAGAGGGAGAUUAGUUUCUUUGGAGAAAUACCGUGGUUCGGUCUCCUUGGUGGUAAAUGUAGCGAGUGAAUGUGGCUUCACAGAGGAGCACUAUACAGACCUGCAGCAGCUGCAGCGGGAUUUUGGACCGUACCAUUUCAACGUGCUGGCGUUCCCAUGUAAUCAGUUUGGCCAGCAGGAGCCCGGCAGUGAUAAAGAGAUCGACAGCUAUGUGAGGCGUGUUUAUGGAAUCUCAUUUCCACUCUUCAGCAAAAUCGCUGUGGUGGGGACAGGAGCCAACAAUGCCUUUAAAUACCUUGCAGCGGUCACAGGGAAGGAGCCUGACUGGAAUUUCUGGAAGUAUCUGAUUGAUGUGGAUGGUAAAGUUGUGGACGCAUGGGGUCCUCAAGUGUCUGUGAAAGAACUUCGGCCAAAGAUCACGGAGAUGGUGCGCAAACUCAUCAUCAAACGCAAAGAGGAGCUAUAGAAACUUACACACACACACACACACACACACACACACACACACACAUACAUCUAUC